GACUGCCUUGAGUAUCAUAUAUAAUACACGGCUAACUAUCCAAAUUCGUUCUAUACAUUUUAACAAGACUUUUCAACCUUGCCUUGAGUAUCAUAUAUGCUUCUCACUUAUCAAACCAUUCUCAUCCUAGAGAAAUGUUGUAGUCAAUCCAAGUUGGUCACACUACUUUUUUUGAAUAUUAUCAAUAUUUUUCUACACACAUUUAUUUAUUUCGUGAUAAAAAUUCAAUUUUUGAUAAAAAUUAAUCGAUUCAAGUUGAGUAUCAUAUUUGAUACUCAGGCCCCAGUGGAAUACUUAUCAAUCUAUUUGUAUACAAUUUUUGUGUGUUUAUAUUUUUACAUUGAUUAUAAAUAUUAAAUAGUUAUUUAUAAUUAUUAAUAAAUUGAUUAAUCAUUAUGGAUAACCUAUUGCGCUAUCAUUUCAAUUAUUUUACCAUUUCGACGGCAAUAAUAAAACGUUUUUCGUAUUUGUUCAACAAAAAGUUAACUAUGGAUGAGUACAACAUAUCAGAGUUACUGGAUAUGUCUGAUUGGUCCAACGAUGAUGAGACGGAUGCUGAUUCUGAUUUUCAAUUAGAGAGUGAUUCAAACGACGAUUCGAAUGAUGACUUAUUCAAUGAAAAUGAUUUUGAUUUUGUUACUCCGCCUACGCCUGAUACUGUUCCUUCACAACAAAACAAAUGUCAUCAAGAUGCAUCAAACCCCUCUUGGAAUGAUGUUGAUGAUGCAUUUCAAUCUAACAUAUUAUUCAACCCAAAUAAUGAGCCAGUGGGCAUCAAUCAUGAUAUUAUUGAUACACUAGCUGAAGGUACCCCUUAUGAUUUUUAUUCCUUAUUUUUGGAUAAUGAUGUGAUACAUUUAUUGGUUAAAGAAACUAACAGAUAUGCAAAGUCUUUAUUAUCAACUAGAAUUAGUCCAAAAUCACGUCUACAUAAGUGGGUAGAUGUAACUUCUAAUGAAAUGAAAACCUUUUUAGGUAUUAUUAUGUGGAUGGGUUUAUGUCCCCAACCAUCAAUUGCUUCAUAUUGGAAAAAAAGUGAAAUAUAUGCAUCUAAAAUACCAAAAUAUAUGACUAGAAAAAGAUUCGAAAUUCUUUUGCGCUCAUUUCAUUGUUGUAAUAAUGAUGACUGUCCUCCUGGUGACCGUUUAUUUAAAAUAAGUGGACUACUUGACUUACUUUUAUCAAAAUAUAAAAUGGCACGUACACCAAAAGAGUCUAUGUGCAUUGACGAAUCCAUUGUUCCCUUUGUGGGUCGUCUUUCUUUUAGGCAAUAUAUACAAAAUAAAAGACACAGAUAUGGAAUUAAGAUAUUUAAAUUAUGCAUUGACAAUUUCUAUACUGUUGGGUUCAAAAUUUAUGCUGGUAAAGAAGCUGUUGUUGGCCAGAGAUUAUCAACAAGAAUUGUAACUGAAAUGGCAGAAGAAUACCUAGAUAUUGGUAGAACAAUGUACACUGACAACUGGUAUAGCAGCUAUGACUUAGCCACUGAACUCUUAAAAAGAUCUACUCAUCUAGUUGGUACUCUACGAUCAAAUAGAAAAAACAACCCCACAGAAGUUAUAAAAAAAAAAUUAAAAAGAGGAGAAGUAAUAGCUAAGCAAUGCAAUCAAGGUAUAACAAUACUGAAAUGGAAAGACAAGCGUGACGUACUAGCUAUUUCUACCAAACACUCUGCACUCAUGGUUAAAACAACUAAUAAAUUUGGAUCAGAUAUAGUUAAACCAAAACUUAUAUUGGAUUAUAAUAAAGGUAAAUCCCUGGUGGAUGUGUGUGAUCUUCGAAACUCAUAUCAUAAUCCAUUAAGGAGAACAUUAAAAUGGUAUAAGAAAAUUGCAUUUGAAUUACUUUUAAAUACUUCAGUUUUGAAUGCUUUAUCAUUGUAUGAAGAAAUAACUCAAAAAAAAAUAAGUAUUACUUCAUUUAGAGAAAUAUUGAUUGAAAAUUUAUUAGAAAAAAAAGAAGAGAUUCCAACUGAAAAUUCACACAAAUUAUUAGAAACUAAGUCUAGAGGGCGAUGUUCUAAUUGUUAUAAGCAUAUGGUGGCACAAGGUGGACGUAAACAUGCUCAAAGUAUUACUAGACAAAUUAGAACUAAAUGUUCUAGUUGUAAGCGGUUUUAUUGUAUUCAAUGUUUUUCUGAAGAACACAAAAUAGGUAAAACCAAAUGAUUUUUUUUACUAUAAUAUUAUUUUGAAAAGUUGAUUAUAUAUUAAAAUGUCAUGUUUUGUUUUUGUAUUUACUAUUAAAAUUUGAAUAUCAGUUUGAUAAUAAUUAAAUUAACAAGUUUGUUACAUUUUUUAAUUUUAUAUGCUUGAUUAUUUGAUUAUAUUUGUUAAUUUUUGAUUAUUAUGAACAAUAAUAAUAAAAAUAAAUAUUAUAAUAU